CCUUACGCAUGUAACAAUGGCUUCCCAACAAGAUCUUGAGGUUCCUGCGCAGGCAACUCGGGCGACCUUAGAGCAGCCCACUAACCAAACAGAGUCGCGGGCAGUUCGGCAAAAUGAGACGGUCAACGACCAAGUCGAGUGUAUCACCGAAGAACUGGCAGGUUUGUCAGUUAAGAGUAGGCCGCAGAUAUUCCUUGACAUGGAUCGUAUUUCACGGGAAGUGAGAAGAAAAGAGCGCUUGCGUCCAAUACCCCCUCCACGAAAGAUAUGCCAUCCUGGCAUGACUCCUGAGGAGUCAGAAGAGUAUCACAUGGCGUUGGCUCAAAGAGAGAAAGAAAUAUUCGAAUCGCAUCCCGUUUAUAAGCUGAGGUUGGAUGCAAUGGAAAAGGGGCAGCAA